ACGUGACGUCAGAUAAAUACCACAUAGUACUUGCCUAUUUCUUCCUGCCUACAUUAUAAGUAAAGCUGUCUUUCUAAAAAUGGUGGACUAUUUUUAUCAACACUGGAUCUCACUUAUACUGGCUAAUCGGCUCUAGAACUUACUUUUUUGUUCUAUUUAGCCUGUUCUGGACUUGACGUACUCCCGUUCCGAGUGUGGAUUGUGCUAGUGAAGUUUAGAGUUGGAUUCUGCCAGGAUGUGGCCGUGGACGCCAACAAGCUCUGCUCCCUCGUUCCAGCCGGCGGCCUAUCCUCACAUGCAGCACGUCCCCACAGCCCACCCCCCUUUCCCCACGUCGAGAUUGGCCACCCCUCAAACUGUGUUCCCUUCGACUCAACAAAGCUACUAUUCAUCCCUGGCAAAUCCCAAUGUCGGAUACUCAGGGGGGUUACAAUUGGGUACCCCCCAGACUUUACCAAUGGCCACCAAUUGGGGAGUGGGACAAGUACGAAGCCAUGCGGUUCCCGAAGAGAACAUCACGUACAUACAACAGCAACACGAGGCCGUUAUGCGCUCCCCUGGAACUAUAGCACAAAGUACACCUCGCCACCAUAUACAAGAGAGUCCGUUGCAGAAUUCGUACGCUCCCCAAGAAGACUCGUACCAGACGGGUAUCUUCACACAUCCGUCGGGGCAGGCUCUCUAUCAAGUGUCUCCAGGUUCCCAACAAUCUGCUCAUAUAGGGUCCUUCCAAGCAAGCACACCCUCACAAAUGCCUGUUUUCCAUCAACAGCUUCACCCGCUUUCUUCGGCCAACGCCCACACUCCCGCGUUUCACUCACAGCCACAAGGACAUCCUACCACUUUCCAGGCGGCCUCUCCCCACCAUUUCCCACCACGAUUGUCGAAUAUCGAUAAGCCUCCCACAAGUUCUAGUCCAUUUCAACCACUCCAUAACAUUAUAACUGGGGGUCAGAUAGAAGCACUUCCUCGGAGAGCAUCGAUUGACCAGUGCCCCCCAGAACUAUCUGCGAGGAGGUUAGAACAGCGACCCCCUGAAUUGAGAGCCUUGGAAACCCAGUCUGGCACCACACUGAUGCACGAAUCGAGAGAUGGUCUGGGAUAUCCCGUAUCUACUGGGCAUGCUCAAUCGAACCCUUUCUCCAUGGAUUUUUUGCUCCGUGAUCGACCAUCAAAUCUGCCUGUUGAUGGAGAGUUCACAUCCGAGCCACAGCAACAACAAGGUUACCCAGGCUACCAGCCUCGUCAGUCCACCAGUGAGCCCCUCCUUCCAUUUGACUCUCAGACAGAGGAAGAUGAGAAACCGUUUAGUCCACCCGAACUUGUUCCCAUAGAGAUGACCCUCGACAAAGACGAAACCCUUCAACAGUCAAAUGACCAAUCACAUGAUACGAAAGACCAGUCACAUGAGGCUCACGAAGAAGCUGAAGCAUGCCGUUUGGCUAGUAAGGGUAGCAGUAGGAGCAGUACUGGAAAUGAUAAUAAUAUAUGUGAGGGAAAAAGUACUCCGUUUCAGCUAGCGGAAUCAGUAUUCAAAAGUGAAGAUCACAGUCAAGUUUCAUCCCUCCCAACGGAGCAACCAAAAUACGAAGUAAACAAAGAAAGCAACCAAAGCAAGAAUGACAAGUACAUAUCUCCAUUGAUACGACACCAGCGUAACCGUGGUUACGAGAGUAGCGAUGACGAUGAUGUCUUCUUGCCUGAUCCUGAGUUGCGUAAAUCUAUGCUUUCUACUAAUACAAAAGAAGAGGCAGUAAAAGAAGAGCAAAAACCAAGGUUGGCGGAAGAAAGUGUCCCCAUACCAGCAGUUCCUCCGCUGAUAGCCAGCCCUGUUUCAAAGCCUCCUGCCGUGGUGAUAAAAAGGGGGCGUGGCACUGCCAAAACUCUGGACUUGCAGAAACUCCAGAUGCCUCUCUCUCAAGGCUGGCGUCGUUUGAUUCGUAAGCGCGUGGGCACGGACCAGAUUCGAGUGGACAUCUGCUACAUAGCCCCAGAGGGUCGCAGGCUGCGAACAUUCCCGGAGAUCCAGGGUCACUUGAACACCCUCCCCUCCACGGAGCUCACAGUGAACCACUUCACAUUCAGUAAGAAGGUCAACUUGGGAGAGGUGCUCGACGGAAUCAUCGGAGAAGGCUCUACCCGUGGUAGACGUGGGCGUGGUCGAGGAAAGGCAGCAAAGGUUGAAAACCCUACCAACACUGAUGGAACUUCUCCAACUACUACAUCACCACCCUCUGGACGUGGGCGUGGUAGAGGGAGAGGUGGACGUGGCAGAGGCGGACGACAGAGAAAAACGGCCGAGUCAGCGGUCCGAGGAGAGCAGUCACAGCUGGCUAUGUACAGUGCUAGGGCUCCGGUGUCCAGCAACCAACAAGUUUCUGAAGUUAGAGGUCCAUUAUUUGUUGCGAGUGCACACGGCCCAUUAGAUGGAAGUGUACAUGCACCAACAGUCGAUCCAAAUGCCCAAGGGCAGAUAUUGGAUGGAAGUGCAAAAGGCAUUGGUGCCGUUUCUCAAGCCACUGCAGUAGCCCUGAUACAAAAAGCCCUCAAAGAAACUGACCUUGAAAAAACGAGUGCAGACCCUAUUUCCAGAGAAGAGAGGACUGGGGGUGCGAUACUAGCACAUGGCGGAGAAAAUGGGGCCACACCUCCUCAACAGCAGACCAACGAACCAACUCCACUUGUCACACAACCUUCCAUCAUUUUGGGAGAGAAUACUUCUCAAAUCGACCCUAAUACUCAACAAACUAGCCGCGAAGAUGGUCUAGCCGUAUUAAGUUCUUCAGCGAUUUCAACUCAGGUAUUCUCCAACCCUCAACCACAAACAAGUUACGAGUUCCACAUGCACACUCCGAAUUCCAUCUCCACGAGUUUGCAAGGGGUGGGCCGCGGCUCUGGAAAGGGACGUGGACGAAAGAGGAAAUCUUUAGCACGUUUAUCUGUUAGCGACAUGCCUCAAAAACGUCCCAGAGGACGGCCGAAGGGCAGUAGCGCAAAGCUACAACCGGUCGAGGGUGAAGUGAAGAAGAAGAGACGUGGUCGAAAACCAAAGACAUUAUUGCCUAACACCUCGCAUUCGAUGUUGCCACCUUUGGCCCCUAGGGACGAUGUUACUGUGACGAUGGCCGGUGUAGCUGCCCCACCUUCUUUGGCAGACGGGGGUGCUGGGAUGAGUGUGAUAAUGUCAGUGAGAGAGGGGGAGGACUCAACAAACCAAACUGCUAAGGUCCAGGAGGAGAAGCGUAGGCAGCUGCUACUGAAAGCUCGUGCGGACAAGGCCAGAAAGAAAGAGGCUAGAAAUUUUCAGCGAUCUCUGGCAGUGAGUCAGAGGAGGGUAGCUCAGCGACAACGAAGAGACAGAGAGAAGCAAUAUUGGAAGGAUGCUAAGAACAGAGAGAAGGACGUGAUGAAAGAAACCAUGGGAAAGCAGGAGAAGCUGAGCAAACAGAGAGAAUUGGAGGAUCGUGAGAUGCAGCGACAGUCUGCUUACCGACAGAGGGAGGUGGACAACCAGCGUAAGGCGAGAGAGAGAACAGUGCGACUGCUGGACCACCUCAAACAACAGGAGAUGGAGAGACACAGAAGAGCGUUUCAACAGCAGCUCGAGAUGGAGAAGAUGGCUCAGUUAAAGCGACCGGUGGAGGACCUGGAGGUGCGUCAGACAUCUUCCCUCCCCUCUCUCCCGUCCCUCGGCUGGGUGCAGCUGCCCUCCAAAGCAUUUGCCGAUCUCCUCAUGGUGCUUGAAUUUGGACAGUCGUUCACUGAGCUCCUGGAGUUAGAGAGUGCCCCCUCACUCUCUCACGUCUACCUGGCCCUCUACAACCACGAUCAGGGGAGGGUGCUCCUCGAAUUGACGGUACAGCUCCUCAAAGCUGCACUCUACGACCCAGGCACCCGAGCCGUGACGCUGAGUGGUCACCAGCUGGACAAUGUGGAGGUGACUCCGCUGACAGUCUCAGAGUUGCUCCGCCUCUUCCUCUCCCACCAAUCCAGCUUAGGACCGAUCACAGCGAUACUGGAGUCGUCUCCCCUCCAGUUCCUACGUCCCUCGGAGAAGGUCCAGAUCCUCUCUCAUCUGGUUGGUCAGCUGCUUGACUCUGCCUCUUUGACGAGGGAGGUGGACACACGGAUGGAACAGCUGGCUUCACUGCGCAGGGACAAGUGGAAGAUCAGCCUCAAGAUGAAGAGGUUUCGCUCUCGUCUGAGCAGUGUGUACGGGGUUGGGGACAAGCACCGCCCCAUUCCUUAUAGUGGGCGUGGUCGACCUCCGAAGCGUGCCUUGAUGGGUGUGCCUGGUGAGGCUGGUGAGUCUAGUGACGAGGGAGAGGAGGCAGAGGAUGAGGGAGGGGCCAUGGCUUCCGAAGGAGAGUACUCAGAAGAACUAACUGAUGAAGAGACCCCUGAGUCCAAAGAGGAGCUACAAGCACGGCUAAAAUCACUCAGUAAAAAAUUCGUGCUGGUUCGCCAACGUAUCCACUCACAAUCACGUCGAAUGCGUCAAUUUCCCCUGGGGCAAGAUCGUUACGCUCGCCAAUAUUGGGCCCUCCCCAGUUUGGGUGGAGUCAUUGUGGAGGGGGUGGAGACAAGCCUCGACCAGAACCUACAGGUUCUCGAUACGGUGGUGUCACAGCGAGUCAACCAAUCAAAUAAGAGCAUUAUCGCCAAUAAAGAUGAGCCAUUGGAAGUUAAUAUUGUCAAUAUCGAUAACGAAGUCCCUAAAACUGAUGCGACGAAUGAUGUGAAUCAACAAGAAGCAAUGGAAAUUGAAACGAAUCAAAAGGUUAAAGUUCAAGUAACAGCUAAAGUCAAAGUGAAUCCCAAUCCCGAAGAGAUCAAUGUCAUAGCAAAUCGUGAACCAGAACUCGUAACUCAACAACCACAUCAAGAAGCUCAGCCGACACAUCACAAUGACGUCAAACUACCAAUGGCACAACACAAUGGGGAGACUGUCAGUCAAAAGGUCAGAGUACAUACAUGUACAGAAUACGAUGCUAUGGAGAUGCAGCCUCAAAAAGAGUCACGUGACGAACAAAAAGAGAAUGGUAAAAACUGUAAUUUCAUUCCGAUGGACCAUACACACAAACAAUCAACAGGAAAUGCCAUGGAGACGAAUAACACACACCGUACGGAAUCACUACUUUCUGGAUCAGUGCCACUGUCAAGAAGAUCUGAGUCACCGCAGCAACCAGCACCCGCCCUCAAACUAUCAGUUGAGCAAGCAGAACACCGCUUAGAAAAUGUGGAUCCUUCUCCUCAUGUGAUCACUGAAAAAUCAAAGGAACAUCCACCAACCCCUGAACAGUUCCCAAAACAAACCCCCCAGAAUAUUGAUGAUGUGAUUCCUCAUGAAGUUGAAGAGACGGCCCCCCUAGGAGCUGAACAUGUAGCAUCAACCUCUUUGCAAUCUUCAUCACAAGCCCCCCAAAAUGUCGAAAUUUCCUCCCAGUGUAUUGAAGCUGUGCCCAAAAGGGGUGAAGAAUCGGUACACCCCCAUCAGUGUGUUGAUGAAGUCACCCCCCAAAGGUGUGAAGAAUUGGCACCUAGGGAACCUCUGGCCCCCCAGUGUAUUGAAGCCACCCCCCAAAGGUGUGAAGAAUUGGAACCUAGGGAAUCUCUGGCCCCCCAGUGUAUUGAAGCCACCCCCCAAAGGUGUGAAGAAGCGGUACCUAGUGAUCAUCUUGCGUGCUCUGAGCUGCUGACUGGUGAGGAGAGUAAAGAUGGAAUGGAUGAACCUGUCCCACAGCAGGCCCCACAGCGAUGGUUCAGCUUCGCUCCUCGCCAACCCUGUGAAGUCAGCCAGCUGGCCUAUCUUGCUAACCAAGCCUCCAUUGCCCAGCAACAGUUCAUGAUAGCCGGCCCCUCGCCUCAGUAUGCCUACAUGACACCCGACGGCCAGAUCAUAGCGGCGCCUGGUGCUGGAAUGGUGCAACAAGUUGGUAUUAGCUACGGCAUCGUAGGAAACACACUUGUGCAGAUGCCCACCCCACAGCCUCAGUAUAUAGCCGUUGACUCGACGACAGGUGCUGUUAUUGGUCAACAAGGGGGUGGUGCAGGUGUACAGUAUGUGGUCACAGGGGGAGAUGGAGGACGGUAUGUGGCCAUGGAGGGUUCGGCUGGUUACAUAACAGCUGCAGGGGGUGGUGGGCAAGUGCUUGCUCAGCCCGAGGGAGGAAAUCAAAUGAUCGUGGUACAAGAUCAAAACGGUCAACAAACCUUAGUUUCACUCUCCGGUCAGAAUGCUGUUACAGAAGUGGCUGGUAGACCAUCUCCUAGUGUUGAAAUGAAUAUCACUGGUGAAGCACCUGGACACACUUCAUUGGAGAUGGAUGUGGUUGAGGUCAAAAGAGAAGUGGUCAUCAAAAAAGAAGAGACACAAAUUGAUAUGCCGAGUAGUUCACGGGUGAGUGACAUGCGGGUGGAGAAUGGGGAGGAGCUUCAGGGUGAGGGCGUGCGGACUGUAACCAGUGAGGAGCUGGCCCCCGAAGAGGACAGAGAAGAAACGGCAGAGCAGUCGCAGUAUGUGACAGCUGUAGUGCCGGGUGGACCAGACGGAGCCCCUCAGUAUGUGUCCCUGCCAGCUGACCCUCGAGUGCUCAACGGACAAUGCUCCUAUGCUGUACUUCAGCAACCUGAUGGUUCGCAGCAGAUUGUGCUUAUCGAUAACAACACUAUUAAUAGUGCAGGAUCGAGCCAGAGUGGUGGUGACGGCUCCUCAGUGAUUACCUUGGAGAUACCGCCCCCUUCUAUGAUGGAAAACGAAGCCGAGGGGGAGGAGUUUGUGACACCCAUCACACUGAUGUAUGCUCAACAGCCUCUACCGUUCAUGGGAGGCACCAGUAGAGUGGAGGAAAGUAAGGAGGAGGAGAAGGACCUACGGGAUUUACUAGAGGAGCAAGAUAUCGAGCUCACUCACGGUUGGUGGGGCAUCACACGACCAGACACGGUGGACCGACUACUUCGCACCCUCUGCACUCGCGGGGUGCGCGAAAAGUUCCUCUCAAAACAUCUCCAAAAGAACAAGGACAACAUUAACGCCAUUCUAAACCCUAAGCUCUUGUCGUCGUUUGAAACCUCCGUCCGCGACCAUUUCAGGAUCAAGAGUAUCACAGAAUCAGCUGGUGAGAGUUCGUCACUGCUUUGUGAAGAAACACAGCAAGAAUCCAGCACUGAAGAGGUUAAGAUGGAAACAGAUGAGAUUACUGAUUCCGUAGGGGUUAUGAUGGAAACUGAUGAAAGCACAGAUUCUGUUGGGGUUAAAUCAAAAAUCGAAGCAAGUAGAUCAACCAACGGCACAAAUUCUGUUGUAGUUGAAUCAAAAAUCGGAGCAAAUAGAUCAACCAACAAGAAUGGAGAAAUGCUGUCACAUGACACAAACGACCCCCAAUUUCCUGCUUACUGCCUGGAGGUAUUGUUGUCUGUAGUAGAGUAUCUGGAGGGCAUGCAGAGCCGACUCAUCACUGCACAGCUGCAUAAUGAGGGAGUUGAGCUAUGGGAUAGUCUGAGGUCAAAGGUCAGUGCUCUAGGCCACACUCCUCAGUCAAUAAUGCUGGUAUCGGAGAGUGUGCUGGAGUUAGAAAGAAGCAUCGACAGAGCGCAUCUCAAGCCUCCACUAAGAGACAAAAAAUUAUAUAUGGAGGAACAAGAACGUGUGAAAGAUUUGAAAUCUCGACUGAAAAAGGACCGUCCCUCUUUAGCCGUCAGACGAGACUCCACCCAACUGGAGCUCCCUUCGGACAAGCUCCUGUCUUGGCGAAAGGCAGUGGGUGUGGUCUCGUCUGCUAGCCAGUUGGCCGUGUGUAUGAGUGAGCUGGAGGUGUGCAUUGCUUGGGAGAAGUCGAACACCAUCGUGUUCUGCCAGGUGUGUCACGGUGGGGAGAAUGAGUCGUUGCUGCUACUCUGUGACCGCUGUGACAAGGGGACACACACCUACUGCUGCAAGCCGAAACUCUCUAUUGUGCCUGAGGGUGACUGGUACUGUUACAACUGUAUCACCUCAAACAGCAAGUACCGACCUUGUUACACAUGUGACAGCAAGAGGGGGGUGCUCUUGUCAUGUGCUGUUUGCCCUAAGAACUAUCACAAGCGCUGUCUCAAUCCUCCCCUCAACAAGCACCCUCCAUAUCCGUGGAAAUGCUCCAACUGUAAAAAUAAGCCUAUCCCACAGUCACGACAAAAAGACGGUAAUUACUUGACUCGUAAACGCGACAAGGUUACCAAGAGCAAUAACGAAAUAUGCCACACCCUCCUGAAGGAUCUAGAGUCACAUGACAGCUCGUGGCCAUUCUUGGAAGCAGUGGAGAGGAGGAAGUUCCCCGCCUACUACAAGGUCGUCAAGCAGCCAAUGGACUUGCAGACUAUGAAGAACAAGCUCGAGCAGAGAAAGUACGAAGAAGACAAGGAGCUGUUUGCAGCUGACGCUCGACUGAUUUUCUCAAACUGUGCCUACUACAACGAGGACGACUCGGAGAUUGGACUAGCAGGGCACAAUAUGAGCGAGUUCUUUGAGGAGCAGUGGUCCAAGCUCUCUCACACAUGAUUUUAUUUCGAUCGUUUUUAUAGUCUAGUUUUUCAUCAUUUUUGGACUGCCUUAACUUUUAGGUCCGUUGUGCAAUUUUGUCUGUAUCAUAAUCAACCAUCAAUAUUAAUAUUCAUAAAUCAGUAAAUUAUCACUGUCAUGUAUACUAUUGAUCACUCUACUGAUCUACAUAUAUAAUGUAUACAUAAUUCUAUUAUAAAAAUUAUUAUAAAUCAA